GCCAAACCCCGCAUGCGCGAAGCCUCCAUCUGUCUCCUCGGAGGUUGGAGGAAGAUGAUGCGGCUGAGCGGACCUCGUUUGUAGCGAGCCAGUCUUUAGACGUAGAUUUUUCUCUUGCCUUGUCUAGUUUCUUGCCAAAAAGAAAAAAAAUUACUGCUCAAUGUGGAGGUGCGAGUGGAGCGACGCAGAAACUGAUUAGGUUCGACGUCAGAGAAGAAGAACGGAGAAGGGAGAAGAAGGGGAGCGAAGUGAGCAGGGUUGGGCAUCAAAUUGCACCGGAUGUCAUUGUACACUGUUAAGUAUCAAGGACUUUAAUCACGACCAGCAGUACAGCUAUGGAGGUUGUCACACAUCUUGUAAAUGACACAGUAGAGUUUUAUAAAUGGAGCCUUACUAUAGCAGACAAGAGGGUGGAGAACUGGCCAAUGAUGUCGUCUCCCUCUCCCACCCUGGCCAUCAGCUGUCUGUACUUGAUCUUCUUGUGGGCGGGGCCAAGAUACAUGCAGGACCGUCAGCCAUUUACGCUCAGGAAGACCCUCAUAGUGUACAACUUCAGCAUGGUGGUCCUCAACUUCUAUAUCGCCAAAGAGCUCCUACUAGCAUCAAGAGCUGCUGGGUACAGCUACCUGUGUCAGCCUGUCAACUACUCAAAUGACGUGAAUGAAGUCAGGAUAGCAUCUGCUCUUUGGUGGUAUUACAUCUCCAAAGGGGUGGAGUUCCUGGAUACGGUCUUUUUUAUAAUGAGGAAGAAGUUCAAUCAAGUCAGCUUUCUCCACGUCUACCAUCACUGUACCAUGUUCAUCCUCUGGUGGAUCGGUAUCAAGUGGGUCCCAGGUGGACAGUCGUUUUUCGGAGCAACCAUCAACUCUUCCAUCCAUGUGCUCAUGUACGGUUACUAUGGCAUGGCCGCCUUGGGACCUCAUAUGCAGAAGUACCUCUGGUGGAAGAAGUACCUCACCAUAAUUCAGAUGAUCCAGUUCCACGUAACCAUCGGCCACGCUGGUUAUUCCCUCUACACUGGCUGCCCCUUCCCCUGCUGGAUGCAGUGGGCUCUGAUUGGCUACGCUGUCACGUUCAUCUUCCUCUUCGCCAACUUCUACUACCACGCGUACAGACGCAAACCUUCAUCGCAGAAAGGCUGCAAGCCAGUGGCCAACGGCACUUUGGCUGUGACAAACGGGCACAGCAAUAUGGAAUUAGUGGAGGAAAAUGGAAAGAGGCAAAAGAAGGGAAGAGCGAAAAGGGAGUGAAGAAGAAACAGGCACGUGCCUGGCAACAAUCUGAAAGUGGAUGGAGAAGGGGGGAAGGGAGGGGAGUAAUAAACCAGACAAUCAUUCCUGCAGAUAAUGUAGAUUGACAUGAUUUGGGACCAACUUGAGAAGAACAGUGGGAAUCAGUGUGUACUUAUGGGCAAGUCUGUAAACGUUUCUGGGUUUAGGUGUGUUGGUUAUCUCCAUAACAUUUUUUAAUGAAGAAAAGCAAAAUGCUGAUCACAUAGGCUCCAUGCUAUUCUGUCCAACUGUGUUUUGGACCCUGUUAGGACCAAAAUGUCACAGAACAUGCAAACCUGCUCAGCAUUCAGAACCAAAAUUCACCUCCAACUUUUGUAUUCAGGAUUCUAAUACUGCUUCAUCUGAGAGCUUGAAUAGUUAUUGUGCUAAUUUAUUUUCUAGUGCUCUAAAUAAAUAUUGAAUAAUUUAAGUGUUACCAAAAGAUUUGGUUUUGUUAUUUUAUUCUUUGUGGAGCGGGUGGGAGAUUUUGUUUACAAAUGCAGUUGAUUUGAAUAUGGCUCAAAAAAACUACACAUCCUCAUUUUUUGCCAUCUGCUUUAUUUACAUUGCUUGCAAAAGCAUAAAUACCUCUUAAUUUUUUUAAAUCACAAACUUCCAUAAUUUGUAUUGGGAUUUAAUGUCACAAAUCAAUACAAAGUAUUUAUGAAACAGAAGGAAAAGAAUUAAUAGUUUCUUAAUUUUUUGCAAAUAAUAAUCUGACUAGUGUGGCAUGCAUUUGCACAUUCACAAAUCCUUUAGCACAGCCGUAAGUGUUUUGGGUUUUGUCUCUACCAGCAUUACAAAGCUAGAGAGUGAAAUUGUUGCUCAGUCUCAACUCCUUUAGAGAUUUUUACAGGUUUCCUUUCAGUAUUAUCCUGUAUUUUAGCUCCAUACAUCCUCACACCAACUCUGACCAGUUUUUCUGUCCCUGCUGAAGAAAAGCAUACACACCAUGAGACUACUACCACCGUGUUUCACCAUGGGGAUGGUGUGUUUUUCUGUUAAUUUUACACCACACAUAGCAUUUUUGCAUGGAGGACACACAGUAACUUUGGGGCCUCUUGACUGCUUUUCUGAUUAAUGUUCCCCUUGAAAAUGUGAUAAAACAUGUAUCCUUUUACCUCUAAUUUUAAAUUAAUCUCUGCUUUGUGUUGAUCCCUGAGAUAGAAUCCCAAUAAAAUACAUUGAAGGAUGUGGUUCUAACUUGGCAAUGUGAAAAGGUUCAAGGUGAAUGAAUACUUUUGCGAGGCACUGUUCCUUCUUUGCAGUCAUCUGCUUUACCUUGCAGUCCAACUGCUCAUGGACAAUGCAAUUCUUUGCUAAGGAUAAAACUGUGCUGCAUUUACAGAAUAAUAUGCUAUUAUCUUUCAGUUCGUCAGGAGCUAAAAAGCUGAUUUGAAAGAGUUGGGAUAAAACUUUAGAGUUGUUCUUUGAAUUUUUAGGAAAAGGUUGUUGACUCUGUACAAAUACAAUUUUUUAUGGGUCUUCACAAAUUAUUUCUUUUUGCUGUGCGUCAUAGAUGAGUUUCAAGGAUAUUGUCUCACUGCCACUUAGGAACGAAGGGAAAUGCACCCUGAAGGAAAAGCUUUUUUUUUUAAGAAAUCGAGAGGACAUUUUAUUGUCUUGUUUAAAGAAAGGUGACUCUGCUUCCUGGCUGCACACUUAAUUGAAAUAAAGAAACUGUCAGCACUG